AUGUUGUUUGCCCUUGUAGCGUUGCCAUUUCUUCUGGUGAACACUUUCGCCCAAGCAGGAAAAGCACAUUUCGACGAGUCAUUGAAGGAACUGUGCCAGGAGUUCUAUGAUGGCAUCAACGCUGGAAACAGGUAUGCGAAGAGGAAUGUCGCGAGAGUUCCGAGUAUUGGCAUAAGAACCACCUACACCGAAGCAUUGAUACUAAAAGUGCGAACUUAUCGGCUAUUCCGUAAAAGAGAUCAUCGUCGAAUAGAAGAACAAAUCUUAAUGACCUUAAAACAGCUUUACAAAAAAUGGAAACAACUGCAGCAGGUGUCCAAAUUUCCUCCAGGCACGGAGUAUGGAUGCCACUUUCUGCACCAGCCUUUCGACAGAGAUUAUUACAUCGUAAAAACUCUGUGCUUCUUUUAUCAAAGGAAGUAG